GCGUUGCGGUCGCGAAAGAUGGCGGGGCGAAGUGUUGGUCCCCGGAGACGGAACGUUUCAGGCACUCCGCUCCCGCCGCGAGUUCAGCAAUCUGCUGCGUCUCGACCGGACCUCCUUGCCAGGGAGGAAGAAUAUAAGCGUUUGAAUGCAGAAUUAGAGGCAAAAACAGCUGAUCUGGUUCGUCAAGCUGAGGAAGUAAUAAGAGAUCAGCGAGAAAUACAAUCAAGGCCGGUCUCAACACAAAUUAUAUCAUAUGAAAAGGAAGACGAUUGCAGUUUAAGAGGUGUGUUGUCUGAAGGGAUAGUUCAUCUACAUUCAGAAACUAAGCCGAAAACCAAAAAUGUUGAUGCAGUAAACAAGGUUCAAAACAAACUGCGCUCUGCAAAUAAAGGAAGGAAAACAAAUUCAAGUAUAAAAUUGAAAUACUCUGAUGUACAGACUGCCAAUGAUGUUGCUAUUCCAGAGGAUUUUUCAGACUUUUCUCUUGCAAAAACAAUUAGCAAACUUGAAGGGCAACUGGAGGAAGAAGGUUUGCCUGAUUAUAUAGAUGAUGAUAUUUUUUGUGGUGUUAGUAAUGACAUUGGAACAGAAGCCCAGAACAGAUUUUUAAAGGCCAAACUCCGUGUUAUGCAGGAGGAAUUGGAUAAUGUUGUAUAUGAAUGCAAUAAAAAGGAAAAUGAAAUUCAGGAUUUAAAGUCUCAGAUAAAAAACUCUGAAGAAGAUUGUGUGAGACAGCAGCGAACAAUUAAUUUGCAACAGUCUCAAACAGAAAAAUAUAAAACUCUUUUUGAAGAGCUAAAUAAAAAAUGUGAUGGAUUACAGCAACAGCUGUCUUCAGUAGAAAAGGAAUUAGAAAAUAAAAGAAGACUACAAAAACAGGCUGCCAGUAACCAAAGUGCUACAGAAGUUCGGUUGAAUAGAGCUCUAGAAGAGGCAGAAAAGUAUAAACUGGAGUUAAGUAAAUCAAGGCAAAAUAACAAGGAUAUAGCCAAUGAGGAACACAAAAAAAUUGAAGCAUUAAAAUCAGAAAACAAGAAGCUAGAAAAACAGAAAGGAGAAUUAGUGAUAGGGUUCAAGAAACAAUUAAAAUUAAUUGAUGUUUUAAAAAGGCAGAAGAUGCAUAUUGAAGCUGCCAAGAUGCUGUCCUUCACCGAAGAGGAAUUUAUGAAGGCAAUUGAAUGGGGAAAUUCAUAAAUGAUCUACUUUAUAAUUAAAGUAUACAGAAUUUGACCUUACCCCCUCACUGAAGCUGGAGCAACAGUAUUAUUUAGCAGAAGCAGCAGCCAUAAUCCUCUCCCCACUCUGGACCUAACUGGCCACCAAGCACCAUUGAGUCUAUCUCCCUCGCAUCUCAGAUGGCACCCUUCUCCAUCUGCACGGCCUUUCCCCACUUAUCACAGACUUACCAUGGUAAUGUCCUAACUGGUCUCCCGGUCUCCGGUCUUACUCCCCUCAUGUCUCCCCCCAGUACCCCUCCUCAAGUCAUCUUUCCAAGGGCAGAACUUACUGUGUAGCUUACCUAAUUCUUCAGUGGGUACCUCUGGAUAAAGUCACUUUCCUUAAAAUAGCACCCAGUGCAUUCAUGACCUGUGUCCUCUCUACCACACCAAGAUGCCCAUACCUGUGUGAUUCUUAUCACGUGUACUUGGCCUGUCUUUCUAAUGACUGCUUUUAUAUAUUUUCUUUAACCAAGACCAUAAACUCCUAGAUAUCGUGGACUUAGUUGUACUUAUGUUCUCAACACCAGCCAACCAGUGUGUAGCACAUAGAAAGCAUCAAUAAAUAUAUUCUAGAUGCAUUAAUAAAUGAUUGGUCAGAAAAUAUCUACACCAUAUAAUUAGUCAACAGAUAUCUAACAGCAUCUGGCACAUACAAGGGUCUCAGUUAAAUGUUUAGUGGAGAAACAGAUGAGCAGCUGAUUGUUGGUUCAGUGACAA